AUGUCUGACGAGCAGCUAGGCGCGAAAUAUACGCGCCAGGAUCUGAUUCUAACUAGCGAACUGGCUUGUGUGUAUCGUGUCUUUUACAGAGAGCUUGAUAUGCAGCUUCUGAUGCAUGAAUAUACCCUACAGGGUGCAAAGUACUCUGAUGAGCUUCAUGCCCAUCUAGCCGCUAUGCAGGAAUUAGAUCACAUCUACUUAGACUCCUUAGUUGAUAGCAUUUCUCUUGAUAGCGGAAUAAAGCUAUGUGCUAUUUACGAUCUUCAUGAUCAUGGGUCCAUUUCACAGGUGAUGUCAAGCUACACUGAGCAGAAGAUACCGAUCAAUGAAAACAUGGUCUGGGAAAUCAGUGCACAAAUCAUCAGUGCGCUGCGGUAUUUGCACAGCCACUCUUCUGCGGCAAAUAGAGGCCUCCCCUACACCCAUGGCAAUCUUCGGCCAAGCAACAUCUUGGUGACAGAUAGCAAUAAGCUUGUUCUAACAGCAUAUGGUUUUUCGCUCAAUGACCCACGGAUUAAGCAUCUCUGUGAACCCGACUGGCAGUAUGCUGCCCCGGAGGUUCUUUCCAGUCAGUCCUCAGGUGAUUAUAUGCCCCAUAGUGAUAUGUUUUCCCUUGGUCUUAUCCUGUUAGAGAUGUGCACUGGAACACCUGCUUCGUGUCAGCGUAGGGAGGAUGCACUAGAUGUACUGAACAACUUGCAACUUCCACUUUCAAUUAGCGGCUACUCUAUUGAUUUGCUAGAGUUCAUCAAGAAGCUUUUACAAGUGGACCCUAGUUGUAGAAUGACUGCAGCGGAAGCAGCCAACCAUCCUGGCAUAAUUGAGGGCCUCAAUAGAGUUUCUACCAGUCGACACUGCAGUCUCGAAACUAUUAUUACACAAGAAGAUUUACAGAAUACGGAGCAGAGUGACAUUUCCUUGGCCAUACCUGAGAACCUGAUGUCCAAACAUCUAUCUCUAGCACCAGAACCCGAAGACAGGACAGACGAGAUUGCUCAGCUGUUAGAACUUAUUGCUAACGAUAACCUAGAGAAGUUGCUUGUUUGCCAACAAUUCAACAAUGAUUGCUUCGCUCAACAUGAGCGUGUGACAACCUAUUUAAAGACACCAGAUGUCAUAUGCAGAUUACUUACCUUAGCUUUUGUGCCAAUAGAACAGUGUUCAGAAAAAUCUGCUGAGAAAAUGACGGCUCUGGUGAUGCACCAGCUUCAAGGAGAGGCUAUCUCUGUUAUACAAGAAUGUGGGUACGGAGCCGUUGUUCUGGAGUCUCUACUGCUACACCCCUACUUGCUAAACAUCCCUUUUAGCAUGCUCUCCAAGUUUAUUGAAGAAUAUGAAGCAGGUGUGCUGCCUCGGCGGCUAGUGUAUAGCAAGUACGAUAUUAUUCUGUCAUCGUUUAACAAGCUAAUUCUCUCUAUCAUUUCUUCUCCGAGCCGAUUGCCGGGACUGUUCAGCGCACUUUCUAAUGAAAACACGUCAUGGAUGAGUCUCUGGAUCCAGGGCAUAGUCAAUCCGCAUAUAAAUGAAGCGCUGCGGAAACUUCUGCUUGAUCAGGAGUGUCGUCGCAAUCUAACAUACAAGAAGCUAGACGCCUUUGUAGGGGAAUUAGAUCUAAUUGGGCGUCUGCUAAAGCAUCUGAUCACCAGUGAUUCUAUUGAGGCAUAUGCUAAUCUUGAAUCUGCAGCCCACAUUCUCCUGCAAAUAUUAACAGCUAGGGUUCCUUUUUUAAAUCUUCGGGUGCUUGCGGGAACAGAAGCAGUAAUAGAGCGGGUUUUGUCCCCCACCAUGAACACACCGGAGGCCUAUCCGAGAUUGCUCAUCCUUUUAGAUUUCAUAGUUUGCGUUACCAGCGUUGUUAUCUGCAAGAGCACAGUCAUAUGCUUAAGGUCUCGGCAAAAAAUCAAUGAUCUGCUUAUGGACACUAAUGCCGUCGGGAUUGACAGCGCUAUGCUGCUAUCGUGCUUGGAGGCUAACGACCGGGCAGAGAUGCAGCUCUUUUUAGGCACAUUUUCGGCUAUUGAAGGCCUUUUUGCGAGGAUUGAAGACCUGCUCUCUACGGUGUCCAAUCCAAUGAUUAACUAUUUGUGGAUUGAUUUUGUAGCUCGGUCCUUACAAAUUACUAACGACGUAAGAACAGAGAUCUAUAAGUACCAAAACAACUGCCUUCCCAAUGAUGGGAUCGACAGUGCUAGCUUCAACGUGCCCUAUGCAUACGGGCUUAAGCCCAUAGGAUAUGGUAUGCUCCUGGGGCCCAACUCUGUGGCGCGCACCGGCGCUUCUGGAGUAAGGAACACCGUUGGCCUUGAUGACACCUUUCUGCUGGAUGCCAAUACUGUUAUCUCUGUUUCGAUAUACACAAUUUGCAAGAAACUAACAGAAACCAAUCUCCUCUAUCUCUUUGCACAGCAUGCGGCAGCCAAUCCAUCAUUCACAAUAUACCAUGUUCGGUUUGUUAAGAUAAUGCAUCUAGUUUUUGAGUACGGACGCAUAGACUUCAGAGUACUAGAUAAUGGUCUCAAGCGGUCUCGUUUGUUUGGAUUCUACGAGGCGAUGUCCGGCCAAUACUUACAUAGGCAACAGCAGCGUCUACCAACCGAUAAGAUGCAUUGUAGCUUUACCUGCCACCUAGUAUUUUUUCUUCGACAGGUGAUGAAGAUUGCAACAUUUGGAUCGCAAUACGCCUGGGAGGCUGAAGGCAAGUCAGACCAACUUCCUAAGAACCUUGCAGACUUGAAAAGACUAUUGGCCAAAGUGGAUGAUGAAAACGCCGAUAAGAUAGGGCAGCUCCUUAUAAGUAGUAACUUUCUUGAACGUUUCAGUUCAAUCUUCCUUUCAAAAUAA